GCUUCCAGAAAACGACAAUGAUGGAUCGGGUCGAGCUAGCUAGUCCUUAACCCAAAACGACAGUUAUAGAACUAAGGUUAACCAAAUCAGCGCUCUUCUUUCUGGUAAAAGUGACCUUAACCUUACUGUAAGUUGUUUCCCGAAAAGUUCACACGAUCGUUCCCAAGGCGCUUCGAGGCGAAGAGGCGAAGACGAUGACAAAACCAAUUUUGAAGAAACUCUCAAUUUUGAAGAAGCAGCGGUGCUUCGACGGCUGUAGACUUGGCUAUUGAUCGAGUUUUUGCCUAGUAGCUACUAGCCAGCUUUAGAGAUAUCCGGUAUCCGGAUAUAGAAAGUUCCCAGUUGAGGAGUAUCGAUAUCAUCAACGUCUUGAUCUGUGGGAAGAAAUUUUCUGGCAAUGUUUCCGACGCAAAAUGGGCGAGCCCUGCCGUUACUGCUGUCUUGUUUCCUGCUGUUGCUCACAUAUGUGACGGGUAGAAUAAGAGGCCAAGACGGUACUUUUUCAUUGCUUAUAGCUGUGCCAUUGUCGAAAAACAACCAGACGGUCCUCGAUCCAGGAUGGUUCCACAUGGCAGCCGCGUUACUGGCAGUGGAUCAUUUCAAUACUCGAAAUGACUCCAUUGUCCGCGAAUUGGGAGAGCUACAAGAAUGUGGCAUUCAAUUUGGCAAUGUCGUGGCAGUCGACACGGGCACCAACAGCCAUCAGGCCAUGGAAUAUGUGGUGGAACAGUUGCAAGAAAUGGGACCCGUAGACUCCAUUGCAGGACCCUACAAUGAAAUCCCGGCAUUGGAGCUCAGCGUCAUGGCCACGGGCAUGAAGGCACCCAUUGUGGCGCAUCGAGCCUUUGACAGCAAUUUGCUGGAUCCGCAACGGCAUCCCUACUAUUCUCAGGUAUCGGCCGAUUUUUACAGUGAGAUGCAAUUCAUUUCCAAUUACUUGCGAUAUAUUGAACGAGACAACUACAUUGCCAUUUUGUACAGUUCCACUCCCGGUGAGGUACAAAAGGUGGACAUUCUCCAAACGGUCUUAGAGGUGGAUGGCUUUGAUCAAGUCAGGAUUUUUGGCUACAAGGCAGAUGGUAACGAGAGAAAAGCGGAUAGAAGUGUCCGCAAUGCUUUGGAAGGGAUCAUAGAAACAGGGUAUAGAACCAUCAUUCUAUUGCCCUCUCAACUGGAGAUGGACACUCCCAUCAUUGGAAAACAUGCCAUGGAUCUUGAGAUGGAUCAGGGAGGCCACUUUUGGCUCAUGAGUGGAGGAGUGGCAGAGCUGACGUCCAUGGAAAUCCAUGAUUACAUACGUCGUAGCUUUGAUCUCAACGCGACGUUCUUGAAAGGUUCGGCGUAUGCUUAUACCGUGGAUGACACGCAACAUCUCGACUUUUCAGACACUGUGCUCCAGCAUCAACGAAGGCCCUUCUUUGAUAGGGUCCAGAGAUUGAACCCUGUUUCAAUCGACUUUGGUGAAAAUGCUUCGAGUGAUGCGUUUCCCAUUCAGAAGAUUGUACAGAGCUCAAACAGUUGGAUGAGGGGCACGUCAUUCAUGUUUGACGCUGUGAUAUCCAUCGGCAUGGGUGCUUGCAAGGCGCUUGCCCAAAGGGGAACGAACGAAACUACAAUGACAGGUGAAAUGCAUCUAAAAGGAAUCAGAUCGGUCCGGUUUCAUGGCGCUUCGGGGGACAUUAAUUUCGGCCAACCCGGAAAACCCGGGAGUCGAGGUGCCAACACAGUGCCAUUUGCUAUAGCAAACUUGAUUCCUCAUGGGAACAACGGGUCUUUGUUCGUCAACACGGAAUCUUGGGAUCCACGAAGUAGCGAUUGGAUCCAAAACACUCCAUUCGUCUACGCAGAUGGAACGACGAACCCACCCAAGCUGAGAGACGAUCCGGACAUGAACUAUCUGAGCCCUUCGUUCCGAGCGGCUGGGCUCGCAUUGAUGUCGGUUGCUCUGGUCUUUGUCUUUUCGUGUGCCCUUUGGGUGUUUGUACAUCGCCAUCACAGCGUGGUCAUUGCAGCCCAGCCCAGCUUGCUUUAUGCUCUGUGUCUGGGUUCAACCAUGAUGGCGCUCGCUAUCCUGAUGUACUCCUACGACGAAAGCUAUGGUUGGACGCAAGAGAUGCUCGAUAGGAUGUGCACCGCGAAUAUUUGGAUCGAUUCUUUGGGACACAUGAUUGCCUUCAGUGCUCUUUUCACAAAGCUGUGGCGCGUCAACCGAUGCAUGAGAUACAACACAAGCCAAGUGAAUUUUUGGAGGGUCAUGUGGCCCAGCGUUCUGCUGAUCGGCACAGUCAUCAUCUUGCUGUCCAUCCUGACUGCUGGCGAUGGACACGGAUGGGAGCGAUCGACUUUGGACGAGACAACCGGAGAUAGCAUUGGGCGAUGCGUUAUAGGCGACGCGUCUUUCUUGAUAGCUGUGAUCUACAUUCUGCAUUUCAUUCCGGCCAUCAUGGCAGGCGUCAUGGCGUGGAAGACAAGUGGUGUGGACGAUCUUUAUUCCGAGUCGAAAUGGGUACUUGCGUUUAUACUGGUUCAGAUACAGGUUCUGGUGGUGGCCGCACCUGUUGUGGCUCUCCUCAACGACGUGUCAACAGAUGCGAGAUUCUUCUGCUACACGCUGCUCAUAUGGACAUUUCCAAUGUCGACGAUGGGUCUCAUACUCGUGCCUAAGAUUGUGAUGGUGCAACGAAUGAAAAGGAACUCCAAUAAAGGCGGACCGCCCUCUAACAAUCAGCUUGAGUCGGGGGACACAGUGGAAGGAGCCAGGGAGAGCGCAGAAGCAGAGUCGAACAAUGUCCGUGAUAGUACCAGGAGCCUUGAGGGUUCUCAAGAGAAACCUCGUUCGGGUCGCGGUCCUAGAAUCCAAGUCGUUACGUUUGAUUAACGAUUCGUGGCACCCGCUGCCCCAGUAUGCCCCAAAUCAAGUUGUGGGUCAAGGUGAAGAAAUGACCUUGCGGCGGCCUGGUGUUCGUGCUGGUCGUCCACGAAGCUGCCGAGACAACUUCGAUCGAGUGCCUUGCCUUCGCAGAGCCCCUCUUCAUGGCAAAUUGCUAUCUCUGGAGCGGUGGGAGCAUCGGAAAACCGCAUGUAAGCGUCCCGGUGGCUGCUUGGCUGUCAUCAAGAGAAUAAUUUCGAAAUGUAUUGCACUUAGUCAUUCGAAACAUAUUUCUUCCAUCGUAUGAUCACUGAUGAUCUAAAUUUUAAGCAUCGUAUGGUCCAACGAUCUAAAAUCCCACCGUCAGUGUCCAACCCAGAAGGUGUUAUUUCGACGAAACCACUUUUCUUUC